AUGACCACCAGCCGGACAAACAUAGUAUCCAUCUUGAAUGAUGACGAUCACCCAUCAUUUGCUGUUCGUUCGAACCAAAGAAUAAGUCGGACUGUUUUCUCGGGACAGGCAGAACUGCACUCUUCUUUGCAAUCACAAUACAUCCGCCCCUCAAUAUCGACAGCGUCAGAGUCACCUACUGCAUCACCGCGAGUUACCCGCAACCCUUUCGAUCCAGUACCGGAGGCGGUUCACUCUACUUCACCUGGCUCAUCAGAAGGUUCCACCUAUGACUAUAUCAUGAGUCAACCAUCUGCUUCUGCUUAUCACCCAUACGCCCGACAUGACCUGCGACGGGAUCCCUUUCGAUACUCGUCAAGAGGGCCACCGGCACCGCAGACACCGCCCGAGAUGGAUCCAAUCACGACAGAUAUGAAGUCUAAUCAGGCAGCUCGGGGAUUGGGACGAAAGAACAAGUAUCCUUGCCCGUAUUCUGCGAGCCAUGGGUGCACGGCUACCUUCACCACCUCUGGCCAUGCAGCUCGCCACGGCAAGAAACACACUGGCGAGAAGAGUGUACAUUGUCCCAUCUGCAAUAAGGCCUUCACUCGAAAGGAUAACAUGAAGCAACACAUCCGUACUCACCGCACUCACUCCGACGAAAUUCGGUCGACGUCUGUAUCCGAGCCGGAAGCUGAGUCGAGGUGGACAGUGGCUCGACCUGAUUCGGGGUAUGCACUUGCAACAAACGAACGACCGAUGAAGUAUACCGUGGAUGCAAGCACUCAGUCUUCUCCUCGCGCAGGGUCAUCUCGCCCCUCCUGA